UGAGUUUGCAGCCAGAUAAUUGUCUUAAUUGUUAUAAUUUUCUUUAUUUCCACAUGGUGUGGGCGAAUCAUGGGGGUUUCUUAAAAAUGUCGCUUGUCGUUUGCUUUGGGAUAAAAAGCUAACACCGAGGUUGUUGUAUUGUCCUAAAGCCACGCUGUGCCAACAUCGGUUCCUCCUACCAGGUGAGCGCGAGGUGUGUAACAAUGCAUUUAAGUUCCGUCAUAUAAGCAUUUCCAUGGAAGUUGUUUGACAAGCUUGAUAGAAAACAUAAGAAAGAAGAAAACGCAGACACAGAGCAAUAGCCACAGAUGUAGUCGCUCGACAGCAGCCAUGUCCAUUGAAUACACCAUUGAUAUCCAGCUAGCAGAGUUGGGAUAUCCGGACAUCUUACAGCCGGGGGAGACCUCGGUUGGAGAGACACCCAGUCACUCUCCCACUUCACUUUCAACCACACAUGUACAAAGACUAGUGGUCAGAGGCCAGCAGUCAGCUGAUGGCAAAGAAGCAGGUCCAGCAAAACAGACCUCAAAUAAUGAGCAAAGCACAGCGGUUUCUACAUCACCUCUGUCAGUGACUUGCACACCUCGAAAUCCCGCAGACCUUCCACAGCUAAUACCUGAACAGGAUGACAAAAGAGAGAAAGAUGUCGGUGGCAGAGGCACUACACAGGACGAUUCAACAGAGAUGCAACAAGAUGUGGCGAAUGACUCCGAUGACAGUGAGGUGUAUGAGGAAGAAGAGCUUGAUGAGGAUGAUGAUGAUGAUGAUGAUGAUGAGGAGGAGGGACUACACAAUGAGUCGAGUCAUUCAGGAGAGUACCGCUGCAGUGUCUGUGAUCUCCAGCUGCCCUCCAAAUUCAAGCUCCAGGACCACAUGAAUCUGCACACUGGCGCACGCCCAUACUGCUGUGCUGAAUGUGGAAAGCGUUUCUGCCAAAUUUACAGCUACCGUGUCCACCUGCGCACGCAUGCCCAGACCAAAGUGGAUCUUCUCCGGUGUCGUGUGUGUCUGAGGGGCUUUGCGUCACAGGAAGACUUGAAACUCCACCUGGCGAAAACUCACUUUGAGAAGAAGUUUUACGAGUGUGACCUGUGCAAACGUGUGUUCACUUCCCUGAAGGAGUGUGAAUCUCAUGUGCAGUUACACAAAUGUAAGCAAGACGUCGUAUGUGCGGUAUGUGGCCGUAAUUUCUCCUCUCCAAAAUCUCUUGCGCGCCACCGGAGGACGACGUGCCAUCACAAUUUUAAAUGUACAGACUGCACAAAGACCUUUACUAAGAAGAAUGCUCUCCUGAAACACAGCUUUUCCCAUCUUGGUUUGUUGCCUUACACCUGCAUACGAUGCCGCUGCCACUUCCGCCUGGCAAAGCUGUACCGCCAACACAAGUGUGAACCCGAACGCAUUCACUGUGUGGCGUGUCUGAGAGAGUUCCUCAGUCAGGAGGACUUCCAGCAGCACAAAAAGGACACAGGCUGCUGGGGCAAUCAGGAGCCUAAGGGUGAUGAGAUCAGAUGUUUGGAGUGCGGGCAGAGAUUUGACACUUCCGAAGAGCUGAAGAAACAUGCCGGGGCUCACCAGAGGGUGCUGAAAUGUGCUGAAUGCGGAAAGGGUUUCCGCUCUGCCUUGCUGUUAAUGUCUCACAUGGGCGGUCAUGCAGGCAAGUCGCCCUGCCUUUGUCAGAGCUGCGGACUGGGCUUUCCCCACCAGCAGAACUACGACAGCCACCUUAAGACCUGUGGACAAACACCCCAGCCUGCGAGUGCUCUUAAGAAACGGCCGGCUUCGAAGAGCUCCUCAAAAAAGGUUGGCGCAGACACAGCCUCUCUGCCUGCUGAACCAGUGAAGGAUUCUCGCAGUCCAGGACUUGUGACCGGGGGUGUGUCUGCUGGCUAUGGUCCAUCAGAUGGAUUAUGGAAGCUAACCCUAAACAAACGGCCGCCUCCAGGUGUCAAACUUGUUGUUUUUCUUCCCGUCUGUGCAACUCAAACCAACGACCUGACACUCCCUCCUGCGACUUCUCUGACACAACCAGUUCCAGCUAUGCAGGGCCAGACUCAAGACGCUCUUCCGCCUCUUUCAAAUGAAUGCCUUGGAGGGAAUGUCGCUCUUGGAGCGCCGCUAAAUGGCCCCCUGAAUUUGGUAACUGGGAUCAAACAGGAUCCAGAGUUGCAAGCACCUCUGGAUUUGUCUAAGAAGUGUAACUCGUACAAGUCUGCUCUGAGCAACAGUUCUCUUCUUCCUAUUAAAAGUGAGCCAGGAGAAUUUAAAAUAUCAGGAGAGGCUAAUGGCACUGAAAAACAAGAAUGUAAAAAUAGCUACAGCAAAGCGAUUGUUAAAACAAAUGAAGUGAAGCCGUUUAAAAUGGAUCCUAUGGAUUUCUCCAGUUUUAAGGUUAAUACUACAUCCUCUGGACUUAUGAUAGACUUUAGGAAAGAGCCUCAGUCUCCUGCUCCUGAUUUUGAUUUGUGGUCAUCCAGAUCUUGCCAGCUGACAGAGAAAGAAAUGAAGAUCGAGGUUGACAUUUCACAGCCUGCUGAUGUAAAGAAAUUAACACUUCAAUGAGAGUGGUCACAUUCCUUACUUGAGGAUGUGUCUAAAUCCUGUCAAAAAACACACCUACUGUACCUGUAUCCCCGUAAACCAAAUAUGGAGGUUUUAUUCUUCAGCCAGAAUAUUAUACUAUUCAAUAUUGUAUUCAUCUCUGUCUAAUCACUUGAUCUACUAUUGUAUGACAAGGCAGAAUUUUUCAACUUUUUCCACUAGAAUAGACUUCAUAGAAAUCUAAACUAAUGUAUUUCUAGCAGUGAACUGCAACCUUUGGUUUAGAAUAAGAAAUGUUUGCGUUUCCCUGUGAUUUUAAACAAAGCAUUCCAAACUCUUGCUUAUUGUGGCAUUUAUUUUAUUUUCAUAUGUGGGUGAAGGGUCACAGGAGCAAAAAGGGGUAUUGUAACAGUCAUGAAUGAAGUCUAUGCAAUACCGUGCACGAUUUCUAUCUUUUUUUUGUACUUGUUUUUGUUUGGGGAUAUUGAAUCCUUAGUGUGUGUAUUACAUUGAAUGAAAACACUGGAUUUCUUAGUAUUCAGCUGAAAACUUGAAAUGGUGUGAAUUAUUGUGUAUUGACCUUUUACUACCAUGUUGAGUAUUUAAUUAAUGCAAAUAUUGGUACUGAUAAAUAAUAUGACAUUCU